GGAAACCAGAGUACCCACUGCUGACAACGUCUGUCUGCAAGGUACUGGAAUAUCGAGCAAGUGCGGAAUCUCACAAAUUCACAUUACGUCAUAUUACGAUUGCCGGAAUAAAUCAGAAUAAAUGAUGUACUUUUCGGCGAUUAUCUAGAAGAGCGCAAAAUAAUAAUGCACGCGCGAAUUGUAGAGAUACAUAAUGCUCGUGAGUUCGCGAAGAAUGUGCAUAUUUUGCACAAACGUACACAGAAGAUUUUUUCGUUCGAGAUAACACAACUUAAAAAUAUUUCGUUCCACAACGAAGAAACGCUGCUGAAUAAAUAAAAACUCGUAUACAAAUUAUAUAUCUACACGAACUUGGAAAACACAGAAAUACGAUUGAUCAACAGUGCAAAAAAAUGUUGAAUGUCAAUUUUGAAAGAUAUGCACAAAGUGCUUUGCAAUAAAUUUUAAGUAUUAUUCACAUUUUGUGAUAGUUUUAUUCACAUUCUACGUGAUCUGCAAGAAAAAUUUAAGACUUAUAAGUACACAUAUAGUACAUAUAUGUUACUUUUGUCAUUAUAUAUGAAUUAGUAAAAAAAACUAGACAAACUUUAAAAGAAAAAAGAAAGAAUGUUAUUAAAACAUGUCUUGAAAGAAACAAAAAACUUUUUGUCUGUUAACUAAUAACCAGUGCUUAUAUUUUAUAUUUUUUGAUCUUAAUCUUUCCAUGAAGAAUGCUCAUUAUGAACAAUAUUUGGAAGAGCAUAAGAUUCAAAUACAUUUUUGCUUGUAUCCUGACCACCUUUGUUACAUCCUGUAUAAUCAGCAUAUCACCCAUCAGCAUUGAUGAGUGCAAAUGUGAAAUGGCUACUCAAUCAAGUCAUCUCAAACAAGUGGCUGAUCAAAAUGUUGAGCGCAAAAAGAAAUCAGAACAUCGUCUAGCUGUAUUGGUGCCAUUUAGGGAUCGUUUUGAGGAGCUAUUGAUAUUUGUACCACACAUACACCAAUUCUUAGACAAGCAGAACAUAGAUUAUCAUAUAUUUGUAUUAAAUCAGAUGGAUAGAUUUAGAUUCAACAGAGCGUCUCUUAUAAAUGUAGGCUUUCUUCAAACGGAGAAAACCUUUGAUUACAUUGCAAUGCACGAUGUAGAUUUACUGCCUAUGAAUGAUCAAUUAUCGUAUGCAUAUCCAAGCGCAGGACCUCAUCACAUUUCUUCGCCAGAAUUGCAUCCUCGUUAUCAUUAUCUCACAUUUAUUGGUGGGAUAUUAUUGAUUAAAAGAGAACAUUUUGUCCAAGUGAACGGAAUGUCCAACAAGUAUUGGGGUUGGGGACUUGAAGAUGAUGAGUUCUACGUCAGAUUGAAACAGGCUGGCUUGAGCAUCAGCCGACCACAAAAUAUAUCAACAGGAACACAUAAUACAUUCAAACAUAUUCACGAUAGAAAUCAUAGAAAAAGAGAUAUGGUGAAAUGUUAUAAUCAACGAGAAGUUACUAGAAAACGGGAUCGACAGACUGGCUUGAAUAAUGUCUCUUACAAAAUAUUAGAUACAAUUAAAAUGACUAUAUCGGACACACCGAUAACAGUGAUUAAUAUCUCUUUGCUGUGCGACAAAUCCAGCACACCUUGGUGCGAGUGCGAGAAACUAGUCGCGUCAAAAGAUCAGAUCAAAUCGAAGGAAAAAAAGAAAGUCAACAACAGGAAGUCUGCCACUGGACUGUAAAUUUAAUAUUUAGUGAUUGAAUUGUUAUAGAAAUGUAACGUAUUUGUGACAAACAACACUCUCACGAUUGUAAAUUAAAUUUGAUAUCAAUAGACCUAAAACGCGCAACAACGCAUGAACAAGA